AAACAGUUUACAUUGUGUGAUGGACAUGUUGUCUUCGAAGAUAGUCCUCUCGUCAAGGCAGUGAAAAACGGCAACAUCUUGGUCAUUGAUGAAGCUGACAAGGCUCCUGUUAAUGUAACUUGUAUUCUUCGAACUCUGGUCGAGAAUGGAGAGAUGAUUUUGUCAGAUGGACGGAAGAUAGUCUAUCCUACAGUAAGUGGAUCAAAUGAUAUUGGAAUCAUUGAAACUCAUCCCAACUUUCGAGUUAUUGUCUUGGCUAAUAGACCUGGUUUUCCAUUUUUGAUCAAUGAUUUCUUUGCAUCUCUUGGAGAUGUAUUCAGUUGUCAUGCAGUUAAUAAUCCAUCUCCAGAUUCUGAAACAUUCUUUCUUCAGCAAUAUGGACCAUCGGUUCCGAAGAAAACUCUAUCAACUUUAGUUAAUGCAUUUGGUGAAUUACGAAACAUGGCCGACGAAGGAUUACUUAAUUAUCCUUAUUCCACUCCUGAAGUUGUGAAUAUUGUCAAAAAUUUGGAACGAUUUCCAAAUGAAUCCAUGUCGGAGUUGGUCGGAAAUGUUCUCGAUUUUGAUAGAUAUUCUCCAGAAGCUUUGGAACAAGUUACAACAAAAAUUGAAAGAAAUUAAAAUGACGAAACAUGGUAACAGUAUGUUUGCCCAGUUUAGUGCUCCAAUUAGAAAGCAGGUGCAGCAAUUGAAAGCGAUUAUGGAUGCUUUCCAAACAAAGAGCAAGGAGCGUCAGUGGCAAAAGUAUCAAACACAUGGGGAAUUGGAUGAUACUCGUGGCGUGUUUUUUCUACUACUCAGAAGCUACUCAUUUUUUGAUUUUAUUAGAAAAACAAUGAAAACAAAUACUUACUUGUGUAAUGUAAAA